AUGGAGACAUCUAUUGAAGAGGUCAGUUAUUCUGCAUUGGUGCAGAAAAUAUGCAGAAAGGCGAAGGUUGAUGAAACUAUGACUGAGCUGAAAUUGAGUUACGUUCCCGAAUCAGUGCAUCCUAAGAGACCGAUACACAUACAUGAUGAUGAUGAUCUGAUGUGUUAUUUGGAAAUGAAUCCAGAUCAAUUCCAAGUUUUGCAUGUGGAAGUCGUGAAUGAUGUUGAAAUAAAUCAGGGGGAUGAGCAAAGUCGAGGGACUGUAGGUUGUUCACUUAAUGAGGAGUUGAUUUCAAGUAGUAGAGCGACAUAUGAGAACACGAUGUAUGAAGGUGAGCCGUCUGAACGUUUUGAGAUGAUGGAGAAUAGUGAUGGGAACAUGGUUCUUUAUCAAGAACAGUCUGAAGAACGAGCAAUAGCAGAUAACUGUGAUAUGAUUGAAGGUUCUGAGGUCACACCAGUUGUAAAUCGUGAAUGGGAAGAUGGUUUGGAUUUGACUUUACGUCAAGAAUUUGAAAGCAAGCAAGCAGUUAAAGAUUUAGUUGAAAAAGCUGCACACAAGAACUGUUUUGAGUUUGUUAUUGUGAAGUCGGAUACUAUGUUGUUUGUGGUUAAAUGCUGUGAAUUUAAAAGGGGUUGCAAGUGGUCUUUACGAGCUGCGAGGAAUGGGAAUUCAGACAGUUUCUCGGUCAGAACUUACAACAAGACGCAUACGUGCUUGAGGUCAGAUACAAGUACAAUGAGGAGAAAAAGGAGAGGCACACCACAUUUAGUUGCAUCAGUUUUGCGUGAAGAUUACCCAUGUUUGAUAGACACUCCAACUCCCAAAAAUCUCAUCCCUUUGGUUCAAUCAAGAGUUGGUGUUAAAGUGUCUUACUCGACCGCAAAUAGAGGAAAAAAACUAGCUGCAUAUGAUCUUCGCGGUACUCCAGAGGAUAGUUUUAAGUUGGUGCAUUGUUAUAUGCACAUGCUGCAGACAAUGAACCCAGGUACAAUUUCAUUUGUUGAAUUGGAUGAAGCACAGAGGUUUAAGUACUUGUUCUUCGCCUUGGGAGCGUGCAUUGAAGGCUUCAAAGCUAUGAGAAAGGUGAUCAUUGUUGAUGCAACAAGUAUUAAAAAUGUCUAUGGUGGAGUACUAAUCGUGGCUACAGCUCAAGAUCCGGAUCAUCACCAUUAUCCGAUUGCAUUUGGUGUAGUUGAUGGUGAGAAAGAUACAAGUUGGACCUGGUUUUUCAGCAAAUUGAAAUCAGUUGUACCAGAUUGUCCUGAACUGGUCUUCUGUUCUGAUAGAAAUCAAAGCCUAAUCAAGUCAAUAAAUACGGUGUACCCGUUAUCUCAUCAUGGGUAUUGUAUUUAUCAUUUGUCCCAGAAUGUUAAAUUGAGCUGCAAAAACGUGAACAGGGAUUUAGUUGCGACGAAGUUCAUGGAAUGUGCUAAGGCUUACACAGAGCCUGAGUUUGAGAAACUCUAUGCUGAUUUUAUCAGAAGGUAUCCAGCUGCAAGUACUUAUCUUGAUAAUCAUGUAGGACAGAACAAAUGGGCUCGAUGUUAUUUUCCAGGAGCUAGAUACAACAUAGACACCACUAAUACGGUUGAAUCUAUCAAUGGUGUCUUUCGAUUUGCAAGGGCAUACCCGUUAUUACCAAUGAUUGAUGCGAUUGUUAGUAAAGUGGCUGAAUGGUUUAACAAAUACAGGAAGAUAUCCUUAGAGACUCCAAAAGAGCAGAAACUAGUCCCUUUUGUUGAGACACUGAUGCACACAAGGUGUUCUGAAGCAAAGCUCUUACCAGUGACUGAACUAAACAGCUAUUUUCUGGAAUACAGCGUGACUGGAGUUGAUGGUAGUAGUUAUGUGGUUGAUCUGAGAAGGAAAACGUGCUACUGUAAACAAUUUGAUAUUGACAGAUAUCCGUGUGUGCAUGCAAUUGUUGCUGCGAUGGAAGCAGCAAGGAACGCUGGUAAUGAGAUCCAACUGCAUGACUUGUGCAGUAAGUACUAUUGGAUGGAGCAGUGGGCAUUGGGGUAUUCGAGGACGAUAUAUCCAGUUCCUAUCAUGUCUAUGUGGAUGGUCCCUGACGAUGUACGUGCUAAGAUUGUUCUUCCUAAGUUUUAUGUCACAAAAAGAGGAAGAAAACCAACAAAAAGGAUUCCAUCAGCCUGA